AUGGCGAUGGCGAUGGCGAUGGCGAUGCCGAUGCCGAUGGCGGUGGUGGUGAUAGAAGGUCACAAUGGCGAUGGCGAUAGUGAUGGCGGCGGCGGUGGUGGUGGUGGUGGUGGUGGUGGUAGUGGGGGUGAUGGUGGCAGUGGCAAUGGCAAUGGUGGUGGUAGUUGUGGAAGGUCAUGGUGGCGAUGGUAUUGGAAGGUGGAAGAAGUCGGUAAUGGGGGCCGUGGUAGAUGGUGGCAAUGGAGGGCGGUGGUGGUAGUGGUGGAAGGUUGUGGUGGUGGUAGUAAUGGUGGAAUGUGGUGGCAUCAGUGGUGGUGGUGGAAUGUGGUGGCAGAAGCAGUGGAAAGUGGUGGUGGAAAGGUAGUGGUACGUGGUGGAGGAAAGGUAGUGGUACGUGGUGGAAUAAAAGACCAAGAGAGAAUAUAUGACAAUAUUGUCAAUCUAUGA